AUGAGGACCCGCGCGCAGGGCACCGAUCCGUCGGCCGUGGACGUGGCCUACCUCGCUACAACAUACGGCGUGCCCGAAGCCGACCUACGGACACUCCUGACCGAGCCGACGACAGAACUCGUUCAGAACCUCCUCGUGUCACUCACCACCAAGGGGGAGGAAUUCGAUGCCUUGAGAGCCGACAAAGUCAGGAUUGAGGUGGAGUUGGAGAACACUGUCCGAACAUCUGAGACCAAAGUAAAAGCCCAGAAGGCCGCCGUCUCUCGCCAUGCAAAGGAAAUCGAAGAGCUGAGGACGAAGUUAAAUGAGGCUGAUGCCGCACGAGAGGCUCUGUCAUCUGAGAUUGAGCAGUUGCGUUCGUCGACCACCGGUUCUACCGCAGAGACAAAAGCCCUGAGACAACGCAUCGAGACCCUCGAGGCCUCCAACCGCGAUGCUUUGGCUCUGGUCGAGAGCAAGUCGACCGAGAAGGACCGUGUCGCUACCGAACUGUCUGAGCAGCACUCCAAGCUCCUGGCACUCCGUCGCGAAGUCAGCCAGCUGGAAGAGCGUAACCAGACAUUGGAGAACGCCGUGUCAUCGCAGAAGUUCAAGGAGCAAUCGCUGCAGCAAGAGAUCGAUCUGCUGAAGCGAAACAACGAGUGGCACUCGAACGAGCUACAGACACGCAACCAAGAACAUGCCAAGUUCCGCAAGGAGCGGAAUGCCCGCAUCUCAAACCUGGAGCGUGAACUGGAGGAGAGCAACGCCUCAGUGGAGACCCUGAAGCGCUCCGAAGUGACGUUGAAGAAGAGACUGGAGGAGCUGCAGGCCAAGGUCGACGAGACCCUUGCCAGGAAUGCCACUUUGGAAGGCGAGACGAUGAAGAGGGAGGAAGACUUCCGGACAGAGCUCACUUCUGCCAAGCGGCUCGCAGACCUUCAAGCACAGAAUGCCGCCACCCACAAGGCUCGCUCGUUGGAGCUGCAGAACGAACUGGAUGAGGUAAGGGACGACAUUCGCGAGGAGAUUAGCCGUCUUCAGACCGAGAUUGAGACCGAACGUAUGGACAAGGAGGAAGCCGAGCGCAAGUUCGCCGAGCUCGAGCUCAAGUAUGAGGAGCUUGAGCGGCGUGCGCCGCGACUAGGUACACCGAGACGUAAUGGCGGCCUGGACCCUACGACACCUGGAAGAAGCGGUUCGCGCGCGGGCUCACCAUCAGCUUUGCCUGGUUCAAUGCGGAGAUCUGUUGGCGGAGUAAGCUAUACUCAACUGUACUCUCAAUACACUCAAGCUCAGGAAGAGCUCGUGGAAGCGAGACGACGUAAUGAUCAUCUCGCCUCUACCCUGGAUGAACUGCUCGGGGACAUCGAGCAGAAGAAGCCGGAAAUGGAAGAGCUGCGCGCAGAUCAGGAGCGCCUAGAAGAAGAAGUGCUGAAUCUGUCCCAACUCUUCGAUGAGGCAAAUGAAGGUCGGAGACGUGCCCUCGAAGAUGCCAAUGAGAUGCGGCGUAGCGCGGAUGCUGCGGCCAGCAGGCAGAAGAUCCUUGAGCAGCAGUGCCGUGACCUUUCUGCUCAAGUUAAGAUACUUCUUGUGGAAGUCCAAAGCCGCGAUGAAGGCCUGGGCGAACUGUCGGCGGAAGAGCGUCUCGAGCUUGAGCGUGCUGCUCGUGGUGAACUGGAAGACGGUGCUCUGGAUGGCAUGACAGAUACUGGGCGUCUCAUCUCAGAACGACUCGUCAUUUUCCGCAACGUGUCGGAGUUGCAAUCGAAGUUCCAGGACGCAUUGGAGGUGACACGGAGACUAGGCGAUUCGAAGGAAGCCCUCGAAGCCCUGGAGCAACAGGCAGCUGAGAAGACGCGUGAGACGGAAGAGCUUCGUCAAAGCGUCAAGCGCUACGAAGAAGAGCUGAAGGCAACCAUGACGCAAAUCGAGAGCUACGUGAAAGAACGAGACAUGUUCCGUCGCAUGCUCCAACACCGCGGUCAGAUUGCUCCGGACGCAGAUCUGCAGUCCUUGUUUGGACAGAGCAUGGGUCCGGCGACGCCCCAGCGAAACAGCAUGGCACCCCCGGCCACUCCGCGCACUCAGGAUGCUGAAGACUUCAACAAACUCAUCCGAGAUCAACAGAACGUCUUCGAUCAGUUCCGGAACGAAUGGAACACGGACCGCCGCACCCUCACCGACCAGAUUGAUGCGCUUGUCCGGGAAAAGAGCUCACUACAGGCUCAAUUCGCUCGCUCCGAUUCUCAACGCACCCUGUCCGAGGAGCGCUACAAGAUGUUGGAGUCGAACUUCAACGCUCUUCGCAACGAGAAUGGAGAGCUGCAGAAGCGCUCACAGCAUCUUAGCGAGCAAGCAGCUAAGCAAGAUCUACGUACUCAGCAGGUUGCCGAAGAGCUAGUGGAAGCUCGAUCCAUGGCAGACUCUCUUCGCAAUGAGAAUGCCAAUGUCAAAGCCGAAAAGGAUCUCUGGAAGCGCAUCGAAGCACGCCUAACGGAAGACAAUAAGACUCUCAUGGACGAGCGCAGCCGUCUCAACAAACUGGUUGCGGACCUUCAAAAUCUGCAGAACGAGCGCGAGUUGGCCGACUCUGAAUCACGUCGGCGCCUUCAAGGUCGCGUUGAUGCCCUGGAGACUGAGCUCAGCGAAACGCAGAACAAGCUCAAGGCUGAAGUUGAGGAAAACAAGACAGCAGCCCAGCGUCGCGAGUACCAGGAGAACCAGAAUCGAACUCGUAUCGAUGACCUGGUGAAAAGUCUCAGUCAUGUGAGAGAAGAACUUGUCGCAGCCAAGACAACCCGUGAUCAAUUGCAAUCUCGCGUCGACGAGAUGAAGAUCGAGCUUCGCUCGGCCGGGGAGAAGGUUGCAGCGCUUCAACCUCGCCCAACACCGCGCACAGAGCCACAGCAAUAUGGCGCUCAGCCGACGAAUGGUGACGAUGGAGACCUGUCACCAGAGCAGCGCUUGGCACUCGAGGCAUCAGAGCUUCGACGCGACCUCGAGCUGACAAGAUCCGAGCUCGAGAAUGCAAAGCAACAGGUUGAGCAGUAUCGAUCGAUUGCACAAACCACGGAAGAGGAGUUGGCGUCGUUCAAUGAGACCUCGGAUCAAUAUAAAGAGGAGACUGACCGCGAAUUGGCGGAGAAAGAUUCCAAGAUCAAGGAGCUCGAGCAGCGCAUCGGGGACUUGGUUUCAGAGCUGACGAGCACUAACAACGAGCUGUCGGAGCUCCGCACCAAGGCCGACGACAGCGGUCGUGUUCUUGCCGACCAGAAAGCUUCGUACGAGGCAGAGCUGUCGCGUCUGCGUGACGACGUGGAGCGCCACGGCGAGGAGAAGAAGCUGUUCCAGGAAGACAUCACGGCGCAAGCCGAGAUUGCUCAACAAGCGCAGCAAAGCUACGAGGACGAAUUGGUAAAGCAUGCUGAGGCCGCUAGGUCCCUACAGUCCGUCCGGAAAGAAUACAACGAGCUCCGUACCGAAGUUGCCGGACUUCGAGCUGAAGCUGAAGCGGCCAAAGCCAGCUUGGAACAGAACGAAGAGAGCUGGGCGGAACAACGCGCACGGUUCGAGACCGAGCUCGAAGAGGCCAAGCGGAAGCGUCACGAUGUCGACGAGCAGAACAAACUCCUGCAUCAGAACUUGGAUGCUUUCUCCAACGAGCUUGCCGCACUACGACAAGGACGCACUGUGGAAGGCGGCCGUGAAGGCACGCCGUCCGGCGAAGAGAAUCAGCAAGAAAUCAUUCGCUACCUCCGCCGUGAGAAGGAGAUACUUGAUGCUCAGUACGAAGUCGCCAUGCAAGAAUCUCAACGCUUGCAGCACCAGCUUGACCACGCCAAGAGCCAGCUAGAAGAGGCGCGAGAGAAGCUUACCGAAGAGCGCCGUCAAUCUGCCAACAAAGAGCACUCUGAGGGAAGCACCAACAAGCUUGCUCAAACCAUCAACGAACUGAAUCUUUUCCGGGAAUCUGCAACUACUCUUCGCAAUGAGGCUCGACAAGCUCGCGAGAAGCUCGAAGAGAAGAGCAGGGAAGUGGAGCGUCUUGUUGCUGAGAUGGAGCCUCUCAAGGGUCGCGUUGGUGAGCUGGAGGGAGAGCUGGAGAGCAAAGAAGGCGAAAUGAAGCUCCUUCAGGAUGAUCGCGAUCACUGGCGCGAGCGUACCCAGAACAUCAUCAGCAAGUACGACCGUGUAGAUCCAGCAGAGAUGGAAGAGUUGAAGAAGCAGUUGGAGGAACUCAAGGCUGAGAAGGCCCGCCUCGAGAACGAGCGGGCACCUAUGCAGGAGCAAAUUGCUGGGUUUGACUCUCGGUUGGAGAGCGAGAAAGCCACUGCGACUCUUGAGCUUCGCGAACGUCUCGAGAAGUUCAAGACGCAAGCGAAAGAACAAGAUCGCAAGCGUUCAGAAAAGAUUCGAGAAGUCAAUGGUGAGAAAGAGGGACUUGCAAGUGAGCUUGAGAAAGCGAAAGCCAGCCUCGAAUCCGCCAAUACCGAACUGCAACAAACCAAGACUGCCCUCGAAGCUGCCAAGGCCAAAGCAGACGAGGCUGAGGAGGGCCAAGUUCAGGAAGACGGGACUGCUGUUACUGGCGAAGAUCAUGCGGCUCUGCACGCCAAGAUUGCUGAAGCUCAGGCCAGUGCGGCCGAGCACGCCAGCCGUGCAGAAGCCCUCAACACCCAAGUUGAGCAGCUCCAGGCACGUGUCCAAGAACUCGAGGGUCAAGUUGGAGAGCUACGGCAGCAACUUGAGGCAGCUCAAGCAGGGGCUUCCUCUGGAGAUGCUGCGGCUCCUCCUGUGGACAAUUCAGAAGCUUUGGAAAAUCUGAGACAGGAACUCGCAACGGCUCAGCAGGAAGUCGAGGCGCUCCGCGCGAAUUCCACCUCAGCAACGGUUAAUGACCAAGCCGAACCAGGCCGAAAAUCGAUCGCAGAUCAAGUUGCGGAGGAAGUUGCCAAAAUCCGUGCCGAAUUGGAGCAGCAACAUGAACUUGCCAAGAAGCAACUGGACGAGAAGUACCAGAAGAAGAUCGAAGGAGCGAGGACACAAAUGGCUCAGAAGCUAAACGCUGAGCGAGAGGAACAGCGUCAAAAGCUGCGAGCAGAGAUCUUGGUCGAGCAAUCUCAAGAGAUGCAGAGGCUUAGAGACGAGCACGCCGCUGCAAUCGAGAGGCUCAAGUCUGACCACCAGGCAGAGAUCGAGCGUCUGAAGAGCGAAGGCAGCGUUGCCAUCGAAAAGGCUGAGAGCGCCGAGGCGGUCAAAACCGAAGCACCUGCUGAAGGCUUCGACGUCGCGACAUUGCAGCUAACAGAUGCUCAAGUGCGCGAGAUGAUCAAGAGCAACCCACCGGUCAAGCAAAUCUUCACGCACAACCUACGUUCGCAGAUCGAGAAGCAGACUGAGAAGCUACGAGCUCAGAUCGCUGCAAAGGAUGAAGAAAUUGCGAAGCUGAAGGAGGCCCUUGAGAAGGCACCUUCAGGCAAAGGUGGCGAAGUCAAUGGUGAUAUGGUAUCCCGCGAAGAGCUUGAGAAGCAGUUGGAGAAUGCCAAGAAGGAGAAGGAAGCUGCGAUUCGUCAGACGCAGGAUCAAAUGGAGAAGAAAGCCAAAGUGCAGUUGUCCUCCAGGGACGUCGCUAUGGCUAAGAUUAGUGCCAUCCGGAAGAUAGUGGCCGAGACACCCGACAAGCCCGUGAAAGAGGCUUGGACGGAGGCAGAGAAGGCUCGUCCCACUCCAGCAAAGCCUGCGCCAGUCGCUGCUGCCAGUGGUUCCGCUGCCAGUGGUGGUUCUGCUCCAGCGCCUUCUUCGCCCGCGACUGCUAAGCACGCAGGCGCUCCUGCUUCGCCAGCUCCGACUGGUGCUUUUGGACAGCCCUCUCGUCCAGCUGGCGGUCCGCCGAACCCCAAAGCAACCGAAUUCACACCUGCCACGAGCACGAGCGAAAACAAGAAUCAGGCGCAGAACAAGCCAGCCGCUGCACCCGCCCAGCCUCGGAGUGCCUCGCAAUCAGGCAUUCCAGCACCGGGCGGCGCGGCAGCAGGCAGCAAGCUUCCUCGUGCGCCGAGCCGCCAAGGUAGUAUGGGCGGAGCUGGAAGCGGCAUCCAGGGAGCCGCACAGAACCAGCAAGGUGGAGGUCAGCGUGGCGGUAACCAAGGUUCUGGUCUUCCUCGUGGCGGAGGCUUCUCUCGCGGCGGCCGCGGCGGUAACCGAGGUGGUACACUGGCAAAUGCGGGUCAAAAGCGACAGCACGACGGCCAUGGCGAGGGUGGCGAUGCGAAGAGGACUAGAGGCGGUGGACCGAUGGGUGGCGCAUCUUAG